AGGCAAUAAGACCCGCAGAGGAAGGCUCUCCUCCAGAUAUUUUCCGGGAAACCUCCAGAGAAGCCGCUGCCAAAUCGAAGAGGAUCCACGGAAUCUUGUGAUGAUCUGAGGGUUGCAAGCAGGCCAGUGCGGGUCCACACAACCAGUAAGAGGCCACGCAUGGACCCUGUCCUCACUGAUCGCUCAGCUACCAAAAGGUCUGACAGGGGCUCCGUCUCAGCUUCACUGUCUCCCCUCAGAAAAGCCAGUCUGAGCUCCUCCUCAGGUCUUGGACCAAAGGAACGACAGACAGGGGCUGCGGCCGACAUCCCUCAGCCUGCAGUCAGGCACCAGGGCCCGGGGCCUCUCCUCGUGGUGAAGCCGACACACAGCAGCCCUGAGGGUGGCUGCCGAGAAGUUCCCCAGGCUGCCUCCAAAACCCACGGCCUGCUCCAGGCCACCAGCCCCCAGGCACAAGACAAACGUCCUGCGGUGCCCUCACAGCCCUGUCCACCAGCCGCCACACGCAGCUUGGGCCUAGGCUCCAAUCUCAGCUUCAGGCCAGGAGCCAAGAGACCUGCCCAGGCUCCGAUUCAGGCUUGCCUGAACUUCCCCAAGAUACCAAGACUGGGUCCCUUCCGGAUCCCCGAAAACACCAUCCAGGGAGGUGAGCUGGGGGCCCCGGAGACUCUCCAACCUGCGCCAGCCGCAAGCGACCUUGGACCGAGUACGUCGCCCCAGAUGGGCAGGAGGUCACCCGCCCAGGUGCCCAGCAUCGACUGGCAGCCUCCGCACAGCAGACCUUGCCUGCCUACUGCCCAGGCCUGCACCAUGUCCCAUCACCCAGCGGCCAGCCAUGAUGGGACCCGGCCUCACAGAGUGCUCUUCCGGAGACUGGAAAACGGAUGGUGGAGCUCCAGCCUCCUGACAGCUCCCUCAUUUCACUCUCCUGAGAAGCCGGGAGCUUUCCACGCUCAGAGCCCUCAUGUCUCAGAGAAGUCUGAGGGUACCUGUGUUCGUUUCCCCACGAGUGUCCUCUAUGAGGACCUUCAGGUUUCCUCCUCCUCAGAGGACAGCGAUUCUGACCUGGAGUGAGACUGCAGGUGGCAGGGGCUCCUUGGCCUCCAGCUCCCGUGACUUGGAGGGGACUGUGGGACCGAGGAGCGCAGAGAGGCGAGCGAACUCUGUUCGGUGACUCCGAAGCUCCCCGGCUGUGGCGCUUCUGCGGAUGUGGGAGCCCAGGCCAGGCAGGGAGCAGAUGCGGGCACUCUGCCUCAUUGAAUUCUGGUGAGGGACAUUGUAGUUCGCAUGGCUCCCCGGAAACGCACCAGGAAAAGCUUCCGUGCCAGUGAUUCAUUGCCUAAGAAACUGGGCGACGCGCAGGGGUCAGACUUCCGCUGGGACGUCAGUAGGAAACUGGGGAAUGACUGUGUAUUUGCUCUCUAGAUGACUGAAUAAGGGAAAAGUUCGGGAACCCUGAGAGGUGCAGCCCUUCCACUGUGCCCCGCCCAGAGAGCAGUGUUUCGGACGCUGGGAGGCAUGCUGCGCAAAGCGCUCUCGGGGUCUUUCCUCAGCCUCGAAAACUGGGCUCUGGAAUGCCUUUGUAAAUAUAUGUGUUUAAUUUGUUUCGAAGUGAAUAAAAUUCUCAAAAACAUGA